AUGAUGAAGAAACGGCAAGUGGUGGUGGUGACGAGAUCGGAGGUGGGGAGGAUUUCGACGACUUCCUCGGUCCGUUACGGGGAGUGCCAGAAGAACCACGCCGCCAACAUCGGAGGGUACGCGGUCGACGGCUGCCGGGAGUUCAUGGCCAGCGGUCCCGGCGGAGCGGCGGCGCUGAUGUGCGCAGCGUGCGGCUGUCACAGGAACUUCCACAGGCGGGAAGUGGAGACUUCUGAAGUCGUCUGUGAGUACUCUCCGCCUAAUUAA